CCGACCAAAGGAGUCUUUAUCAUGUCAGGUAGGAGGCAGAUUUACUGGAUAUGAAAGAAAGUCUUGCAGGGAAAGUUAUGUCACACUGAUUCUCACAUGAAUCAGUGUGUCGUUUCAAAGCUUGAACUCGUCUGAAUCUGUAAAUAUCACCAAACAAGAAGAGUUUAUGUGGCCUGUGACAUGUGAGACAGAGAGAUAAGAGGCAAGCGGAUGUGAGGUGACAUCCCACAACAAGCAGACACUCAAAGAGGAAAGACCAGCUCAGAGAAAAAGGCGCACCUGGCCCCAUGUGUCACCAGGAAUGAUGCCUCUCUUCUGGGUUGUGCUUUGGUCAACGUUUCCUCCUCUGGUUCUCCUCUGUGGUCAAGAUUGUUGUCGCGUCCAUGAGAGCAGCAGCUCACAGAGCGUGUCUGUGUUGCUGAGAUCCUUAAAAUGCUACAAUGACUACGAGUCCUACGUCCACUGCUAUUGGAGGGAACGUGGAAACACGACACCGCAGCUCUGGUUCAAGAAGGGAAAAAACAAGGAGCAGUGUGUGCCUUAUGGCACUAAAGAACAAGAUGCAAGUGGCCACAGGACUGUGCAGUGCAGGUACAAAACACGUGCAUUUUCCAUCGGCAUCGAACACACCGUCUUCUUCCUCAAGGACAAAACACAGAGAAAUUGCUCGUCUGUCCAACACAAGCGUCUGGAUCUUUCUCAGCACUUGAGGGCACGCCCACCAAUGAAUCUGUCCAUACAUGAUGGAGGUGAUGGAGGUCAAUGGCUCAGUUGGUCCAGCCCUUACUCCACGUCCUCCACCCUGAACAGAAACAUCACAUAUCAGCUCAGCUACAGGACAGAUGGACAGGACAGCUGGACGUCUGAGGAGGUCACAAACACCAGCGUGAAACUAGAGAAGCGAUUGUUGCUUCAGGGUCGCAGGUAUAAAGCCAGGGUGAGGGCCCGGGUCAGCGUGGGUCAGUGGAGCGACUGGAGUCCUGUGGUGACUUGGCACACUGAAGAAGACACUGGGCACUUUCCCAGUUUGCACUGUGUGCUGGGCGGAGAGAAGGAGGUGGUGUGUAGCUGGGAGGUGAGCAGAGAGAUGGCUCACUUCAUUACCUACCAGCUGGCAUGUGGACACAGCCAGGAUGCAAUGUCUGAGAGAUGCUGUGUGAACCAAACCGUCAGCCCUGACCUCAGCAGGGCAGUGGUGAGGUACAGCUGCUCGCUGACUGUCGCAGACCCUGCACAUCUACUCGUCGAGCUCCAACCAGCACGCAAUGCCAAGAGUUUUAAGGCCGACCAACACAUUCGUCCCAACCCACCAAGGCAGGUGAAAGUGAGGCAGAAAGGCAGCAACUGGAUCGUGGAAUGGACUGAGCCCAGCACAGCUUCAAAACUCAGACUGAACUAUCAGGUGUGCUAUUACAGGACACAAGAUCAGGGAUCUUCCAUCUUGCAAAACAUUUCUGAGGGGUCCAUGUCCCUGAGCAUUCUGGGAGCUUCUCUGGCUCCAUCUGAGAGCUACAAGGUCAAGGUCAGGUCACUGGUUUUUCCUGCUCACUACAAGGGAAUCCCCUCUGAAUGGACCGACCCUGUGGAGUGGACCUCGCUUAAAGCCGCCUGGUCCCUAACAACCCUGAUAUAUUUCACCAUCAGCGUAUUAGUGGCUGCAGUCUUCCUCACACUCUAUUGCACCAUUCCAGCCUGUCAAAGGAAGGUGGUUAUGUGGGUGGACUCAGUUCCUUCUCCAGGCAAAAGCAAAAUCCUGUCUGAGCUCAAGUCUGCCACCAGCCGGACCCUGGUGCAGAGUGAGAGCACGUCCAUCUGCAAAGUGCAGCAUUUGGACAGCAUAUCCACAUGCUCCUCAGACGUUUCGCUGUGGUCAACUAAGGACACUGAAAGACAGCUUCUGGAGCAGGACGAGGGCUGCUGGCAGUGUGACCCGCCCUCUCCUGCUGAAAAGGUUAACGUCUCUGACACGUCCUCCAUGAGCUUCAGUGGGCCGUACAUCUUCUGUCAGUCAUCAAGCCGCAAGUCAGUGGAUGUCCAGUGUGCAGAGAAAGAGGAAGAACAAGAAACACCAUCAGAUGACUCCCCGACUUCCUCGGGGACUUUCACUCUUUAUGGUGAAGGUUAUGUUUGUCUGCCACACCGCAGUGUCUCCAGGUCCACGCAGGAUCUUGUGUUUCAUAGCGACGCCAACACCAACAAACACAGGCACGACAGCGCUGAGCAGGACCGGCAGUGUCCAGAUAAGUUGGACGUCCAGCCAGCCCUCAGCGAGCCCACCAGCAGUCACCACCUUCCAGCAUAUACCUCAGGACCUUGCUCUCCCUGGCCUCAGGAGGGCAACGUGCAGGCCUCGGGGUACUGCCACCUCCCCAUGGCUUUCAUGAGAGCAGCAAAGUGAUGUGCAGCAUGCAAGCUCAGAGCAUCUCAAGGACAAACUGUGAAGCUUUCUCAGCAGAGAUUAAGAACAGUUAAUCAAUCAGUAUUUUCUUGUUUUAUUAUAAGCUUUUCACUUUAUUCUAUGCUAAGUGUGCUUCCAUGUGAAAUGUGUUAUUAAUGGGUUUUUACACAUUAAAAAGAAACCACAUUGCUUGGUUUCAUGUCUUAUCAGACCUAACAUCAGGUUGGACGUCUAACCAAUGGAGGGCAGCAGUGAGCUGAGCCUGGGAGUGCAACGCAAGUAAAUCUAAGGGAUGGACUAAA